AUGACUGCUCCUAUUAGCAGUAACGGAUCUUGGAUUCUGACCAAUAUCAUCAGUAGUAGGAGUAAUGUUAAUUUGGUCCAGCAGGAAUGGCAUGAUAUGAUGAAGAAAAAUAAAUUCUCAAUGAGCAGGGUGUAUCAUAAUUUGGUGGAGGACAACAAUGGAGUGGAAUGGAGUCAUUUGCUCAUGAAUAAUUUUGCUCGUCCGUGUGCUGUGGUUGCUUGUUGGAUGGCCUAUCACAAUUGGUCAGAAACAAAAAUGAGAUUGAUGAAUUUGGGCUUGGUGCAGAACAGUGUGUGCAACAUAUGUGAAAAGGAGAACAAAACGCAGGAUCACAUCAUGUUUGCUUGCAGAAUUUUGAAGGACAUUUGGAAACAAGUGCUAAAUUGGAUGAACAUAGAUCAUCAACCUCUUGAGUGGAAAGAAGAGGUUGGCUAG